AGUCAGUGAAUCAGUGAGUUGGGCUUUUAUAUAUUAGAUAACAGUCAAUUCAAAUCACAGAAGUCAUUUCAAAAAAAUCAAAAAAAAAAAGUGUUAAAAUCAGUAAAAAUUGUCUUCCGUCUAAAUUAUCAUUUUUUGUGAGUUUAUACUGUAAUUUACCAAAAUGGACAUUAUAAAUGACUUACCGGAUGAAGUUAUGAUCGAAAUUUUUGGAUAUUUAAGUCCUCACAUGCUGAAAAGCUGCAAUUUAGUGUGUAAGAGAUGGGAUGACAUAAUAAGCAGUUCAAAAGAGCUAAUGAGCAAGUUUCAAUUAGUUUUAACUGAUUCUGAAGAUUAUGAAGAUGCACAGGAGUUAAAUCAAAAUCAUCAGAAAAUCAUUGUCCAAAAAUUAUGUAGCGAGUCAUUAGAUACGAUUCGUCUAUAUAACUUGAAUACGUUAAAGCUGUGUCACUGCCAUGAUCAAAAGUUAUCGGAUCUAGUUAAAGCAAUCCGUAGUUUGCCAAUGUUGAAGGUAUUUAUUGCAUGGGAACAGAAAUUUGAAGAUGACAUUGCUGACAUCCAAAACUUUGAAAAAAUUCGCAUAAAUAUGAUAAAAAUCGAAUGUGUAUCAGACAUUGUUCGCAUAUUCGAUUGUUCUUCAUUUACUAAAGUUCGAUUAUUUUGGAAUCAUCAGAUGUCACUCGAAAAGAAAAUGCUUAGUUAUAAAUUUCUGAGCAAGCAAAAGAACCUAAAGCAUCUCAAAUUGUCGGAAUAUCCUAAUGACAACUUCUUUCAUUCACCAGAGAUUUUUAAAAAAUUUCAAUUCAACUUGGAGAGUUUUGGAUGUUUUUUACCAUCAGUGGAAAUGAAACAUUAUAAAAAUAUCAUUAAAUUUUUGGACUCACAAAAGCAAUCAUUAACAAAGUUGGAUAUUGAAAUUCAACCACGUGAUAUGUUCAAACUUGAAGAAAUUCAAGAUUAUGUCCUAAAACAUAUGUUUAAUCUAAAGGAUUUGCGACUAGACUUGAGUGUUAAAGAUGAAGAAGGUCCUGAAAUGGAAGUUCACUUGCAGCCUACACAAGUCACCAAAAAUAUUGAAAGAUUAUUCUAUAAGGGACCUCAGAGGUCUUCAGCCAAGUGCAAGAGAAUUAUUGACUUGUUUCCAAAUAUUAAGCAUCUUCAUUUUGAAUCGGAUUAUGCUAGGGAAUUUCGAGUUCUUAAACAUGUCAGCAAGACUAAGAAUAAUUUGGAAUCGAUACAAUUUCUGUCCUUUCAUAGUGAUGUUCAAAAUUCAUAUUCAGUUUACUUUCCUAAUCUGAAAGAACUGUCAUCAUUUGCAAUAAACGAUGAAGAUUCUUUUAGUUCCUUUAUUUCUCGUCACUCAAAAACAUUGGAAAGGAUAACGAUUGAAGAUGUAGAGGAUAUGACUGAGUUAACAGCAGAUGCAAUUAUGAAAUGUGAAAAUUUGAAAUUCGUUGAAUUAGGAACUUGGGCUGAAAAUUUAUUGGAUGUCAUGAGUUUAUUUCAUGACAUUUCAUCCAGAAAUAAGCCUUUAACAUUCAGACACUACUUUUUCUCGUCAAAGACAACAUUUAAGUUUCCUGAAGAUAAAAUUUUCUGGGAUGAAAUACUUGGAAUAGAACCAGAAGAAGAAGAUUUAGCACCAGAAUCGAGUAAUGUUCGAGAGUUUUUCAAAGCCAUUUGGAAUGGCAUUAAUCGUAUUUUUUCUUAAUUUCUACUAAGUAUGUAGCAUUGUUAAAUGGUUAAAAGUCAAUUUUAGUCACUUAAUAUUAUAUUUUUUUUUUGUUAUGUAAAUUUAUUGAUUUAAAAGUUAAAACAAGCUUAUAGUUAUAGCAAGACAUACAAUAGGAAUUUUAUUGUCAUGCACAAACUUAUUAAUUGAGUAUGUGAUUUUGACAAGAAUUAAAAAUAAAUAAAUGGCACUUAUUGCACUUUAGUAUACAUCCAAAAUUCAAAAAUAAUCUUGACACAAACUGAAAGUUUUUGGACAAAAUUUACGAGCCAAUUGAGCAUAUGCAGCACCGGAAUUACAAGCAAUUUUCUCAUUUUGUGAAAGUUUAUUCCAAAAAUGAACAAAAUAGGAUUGUUCAACAGAUUGUAACACCUCUAUUGCAUGCUGUUCCUCGAAAAGUUUGUUCCAUUUCUGACCACUUAUAGGAUAGCAAACAUCGUCGUCCAAAACAUGAAAUCCAUUACAGUUUUUCAUUUUAUUGACAUUAGAAGUUUGGCAAAGAUCGUUCAGCACCCUAGACAGCAUUAACGGACCAUUCCAGCCCCACUGGGUUCCAUUAAAAUUCCUUAUCAAAUCGUCAAUAAAUAAUUUGCCAAUUUUGUUGCCUAUUUGAUUCUGUAGCUUUAAUAUAGCGGCAUUUAAGAAUCCAUGAUCACGACAGAUGAAAUUAGAUGGCAAGUCUUUUAAAUUUUUUCUAACAAUCAUGUCUGUAUCUACGUAUGUUCCUCCAUAUUUAAUUAAAAUAAGCAGCCUAGCAUAGUCAGACGUGUGCUGUUUAACAAAUUUCGAUUUAAAUAAAGUUCCAUUUGCUAGGAAGUUGUCAUAAAGUGUGUCUGUAGAGAAUUGAAUCAGAUUCAUGGAAUUGACAUGAACAUUUUUGUAGCUUAAGAUUGUCUCCAUGACUGGUGUAUAUUUAACUUCUUCUAAUGUCUUAUACGGCGAUACGAGAACCACAAACACUUUAGAAUUCUCAUUCGUAAUAGCUGCAGAUUCAAUAGAACAAGCUUGCCUUAAAGUCAGGUCUCUAGCUUUGCUGGGGUUUUUCAUUCUUGUUGUGUCAAGGAAGAAAAUGCUGUUCUUUGGAAUGAAUUCCUUCUUCAUGUCUAAAAUGUUAUCAAUAAAUAAUGUUGAUUCACUAACUUUAAGCCUUUGAUGC